CAAAGUCAUUCCACCCCCUGUACCCCCCUUAAGCUUUCAGGUCGUUUUGACUAAUAAUGAUAUCACAGACCCUCCUUCAGCCCACUUCAUACAAUUCACUCAGUCUAAGCAGACAUGGUGCACUGGCUGGCAUUAACACUGAAUCUGCUUCUAUUAUGUGCUGGACAAGAUCUUUCUGCAGCUAGCUCUCAGACUUACAUUGUGCAACCCAAUGACAAUGCCACUCUGUCCUGUAAUAUCUCACAUUGGCCUUCAGCUAGUCAGCCUAUUACAGUUUCAUGGUUCCACUACCGUGACGAUGAGUUGAAACCAGUGAUGGUCACAGAAUUUUCUAAACUUUUCAAAACUUACAUGAGGAUCCAGAAUGAGAACAACCCCCCGCCAGAUUCAAACAACGAAGUUGACCCAUGGAAGCUUUUAAUUAUAGGAGUGAAAGAGUCUGAUUUGGGGGUGUAUCACUGUUUGCUUCAACGACACAACAAAGCGCUGAUUGUUGAGGCAAGCAUCAGAUUGUCAUUCACAGGCGAGACAAGUGGAGAGCAGGGGUCUCCCCUCAACUGGACCCUCCUGGCUUGUGUAGGGCUUGCUGCAGCCUUUCUAGGGGCGUCUGUCACCUUCUCCAUAGCUCGCUACCAAGCAAACCGCAGCUCCGACAACCCUGGGAAUAAAGAUCUAAAGGGCAUUGAUCUGCAUUAUGCCAGCCUGAAAUGCCACGGUAUAAAUGGUCAGAAAAAACUCACUCGUCCCCCAGAUGUGACCUACGCCACCGUGGCCAGUCGUUCUCCUGUCGGUGUCAGUGGUCUUCUUCACUGAAUGUUCUUAAUGACAAUUGAGCUAUUUUAUUUGUUGGUAAAUGUGUGUGUGUGUGUGUGUGUGUGUGUGUGUGUGUGUGUGUGUGUGAAAUAGAGAGUGGGUGGGGGGUACUCAUGACUUAGGACUCUAUGUGAAGCCAAAUCAAACAUGCCUGUAGCAAAUUCAAUGUAUAACAACCUAAAAACUUUUUCAUGAGCUGAAUGUCUUGAUGACAUGAUCUCAAUGCGCUUAUGUGUGGGUGGAUGACGACUAUAUGUCUGGCAGAUAUGAAUUGACUAUGCUAUACCUGUAGCAGAUAGCUUAGUAUUUGAUGUGUCCAGCACAGCAUAUUUCUCUACAAACUAUAUACUUUAAUAAAAGCAUAAGAAAUAUAUUUUUAUUUGUUU